AUGCAAGUUCCCUUAAUCGACAGAUUCGGCGAUUUCCAAGCGGGUUUCAACUCAUUGCAAAACCCAUCUUUCCCUUCUCAAAUCGCAACCACCUCCUUCCAAUCAGUUUCCAUAGCUUUCAAUUUCUGCAAAUGGGGCGCUGUCAUUCUCGCUUUAGUCGCAACCUUCGGCAGCAUCAUUAACAAACUUACCAUAUUCAUCAUCCAUCUCCGUAAAAAAGCUUCAUCCCUUCCGUCAAUUGCUUUCGACGAUGAUUUCAGCUCCGACGACGACGACAUCGUUAGCUUGUCUUCGUCAUCGGACUUUGAAGACGAGGAGCCAUCUGUAUCAUCUACCUCAAGUUUCAACGAUUUUUUUAGAAUCAGCGGAAGCAGUAUAAACAACGAGUUCCAGACCCAAAACGGUGGACAUCAGCGACAACGCAGUAUUGGAGACAUUUUUUCCCUUUUCGAAUUAGCUAACAGUGAAAGCGUUGUUAAGCUUUGGGAUAGUAUAGGAUUCGGUUUAGGUUUAGAUUUCGAUGAAUACGAGGACGGAGUUAUUUCCUCAAACGACUGCGUAAGCAACCAAAACGCGCUUUCAACUCACGUGGAUUCACCAGCAGUAGUUGUAUCCGCAGGUGAAGGCGCGCGUGGUAAUCUCGCCGUUGAAAUUUGGGACACGCGCCUCCGUCGACGGAAGCCUUCUGUUGUAGCUGAGUGGGGGCCCACGGUGGGGAACACAGUUCGCGUCGAAUCUGGCGGCGUUCAGAAGGUUUACGUGAGAGAUGACGGACAUCAACGUUUGACGGUUGGUGAUAUGAGGAAAGUCAGUAUUCCGUUAGGAAACGUAACAGAAUCUGACGCGGAUAGUAUCUGGUGGGAUGCGGAUGCUGUUAUUAUUUCGGAUGAACCUUACGGGGAACAUUAA